AUGAAAACGACGACGUCAGGCAACUAUUCCAAGAGUAACGGACAAGAGAAGGACCAGGGCUGCCUCUCUUGUCCAGCAAUCCCCAUGUCUGGGCGAAAUGGUACAGAGCUAGUUGAACGUCUCAUCAGUGUCCUAAUAGUGAUCUUCCGUGGAUUUGCCUUUGGUAUGCUUCAAAGUUUGAAUGUUGUGACAUUGUAUGGUUAUCUGCGCACCAACGCCAACCUCCGUCGAAUAUUCAGGUCGUGUCUGAUUGUGAACGUCGUCUUCUUUUCGAGUCUCUGGGUCGCUGCCUUCUUCUCCUCCAUCUGGGCGUAUGGUUGGAGAGUAUUGUGGGGCGGUGCAUCAGCUGCCAGUGGCGGGGCAGUGUGGAACGGCUUGGGGCUCCUGCGCAUGGUUUGGUUUAAGGUGUUCGAUGUGAUGUGGGUACUCCCUAUGUACGCACUCACACAGGCCCUUGGCGUACGCUGGUACAGCGCUCUCUACACCGAAGCUUGUGUCUCAAAAAAACACCGCACGAACAGGGCGCCAGCAGAGGGGGGCGGGUACGAUGACACAACGUCUCUAACUAAGCCGAACGGUGCCGACGUGCCGCCCUCGUUCAAAACCGCCGUGGUUUUCCUCAGUGAGAUCAUAUUUAAGGCUAUUGUGACCGCACUGUGUGCAUUUCUGGCUGUAAUUGUUGAAACAAUUGUUCCCGCACCAAUAGGGCCUGUAAUGGCGUUCAUGUUGAACAGCUGUCUGUACGCUUUCUGCGUAUUUGAUUACCGCUUCUCUUCACAGUAUGUGUGGGACCACGAGACGCGUCAGCCCACCCGUAUGCCGCUAUUGGGUACAUUGAAAUACUUUGAGAAACGCUGGGCAUAUUUUUUAGGGUUCGGCGCCACACAAACCGUCAUGGCCAGUCUCUUGAGAUCGACAUGGAUCGCGUCUUCAUGGUUCUCCGUUGCGGCAUUCACGUCAGUAGUCUUUGGAGCACACAUCAUACUCUCGGUGGAAGCGAAGCCAAACCCACCUGCACCGUUUGCUAUUCCGGUACUUUCGCCCUUUUUCGCCAUGUGUGGAGUGGUGGUGCCUUUGCUUGUGACAUCCUCGCGCUGA